CAUGGACGUCUCGCUCGUCCCGUGGCUCUAGUUGUCGUGAUUGCUGUUGAUUUCUUGUGGCGUAGUGCGGGUGGGAGCGACCGCAGGCGCGGUGAUGGAAACAGUCUGUCCCUGACCAUCGCAACGAAAAUGCAUAUCCUGGAAAUAGGAGCCGACCAUGAAGAUGAGAGCGGCAGCACCCGCGUUGCGGAAGCUGCUUUUCGCACUGUGCCGCGUGACCACACAACCUUCCUUGUCUGGAGGAUUUCGGAGUCUGGCACGGAGAUGCUACCACGUACACACUACGGCACCUUCUACGAUGCUGAAGCAUACCUCGUAUACUCCUGUUCGCUGACGAACCAGCCUGCCGGACCUGACGUUAUUCGUCGAGAAAUCAAAGAAAAAGAAAACGGCAAUGGCGAGUUUGCUGAACGUCAUAUCCACGCGUGGGCUGGAGAGAGAAGCGGGAACCUCGCAGCCUUAGCGCUCCGACGGGGCACUCAACUCGCAGCGCAUCUAGGGGAACCUGUCGUUAUACAUCGGGAAGCAUCUACAAAAGAGACACCUCGUCUACUAUCUUACUUUCGCGAUGGCAUCAGGAUUCUUCGAAGCGGUUCUGGCAUUUUAAACGGUGGUGGCCGCUUAUACCGUGUUCGUGGUCGCCGUCCGGUUCUACUUCAGCUGGAGCCAGUAUCUUGGGCACAUCUUUCGGCUGAUGGAGUUUUUGUUCUUGAUACAUCAGCAUUACUAUUAUUGUGGCUCGGCAGAGCAGCUAACUUAGUUGAGAAAAUAUUCGGAGCCAAGAUUGCAUACCGUAUGGCAAGAGGUGCGGAAAAGGGUAUGACGGCUCGUCGUAUAGCAAUAGCUCAUGAUGGAUAUGAGCAGACACUGCCGCCUAGCGAUCGCGCUCUUCUCGAUAAUCUGCUAGAAUUGCGCGCUCGUUCCGUCCGUCCUGCGUCUCCACCCUCAGACCCACCAAGACCAGCUCGGUUAUACAGAGCCACACAACCACCCAGAGUUUCUCCAAUAACGAUGCCUUCUCAGAGACCUGCUGCAAGAUUGGAAGAGAUUAGACGUGCUCCACUGCAUAGAGAAGAUCUGAACGACGAUGGUGUGUACAUCGUUGAUAGCGGCAACAGAGGAGUAUGGGCAUGGGUGGGACCAAAUACUACGAAUUCUGCGGCGCGUGGUGCAUUAGCAGCAGCAAGAGGGCUGGCUCGGGCAAAAAGACUCGUAGUGCCCGUGUCUGUGGUGACAGCAGGGCGGGAACCAUUAGAGUUUGCUGCACUGUUCCGCGACUGGCGCUGGUGUGAUGCUCGACGCGAUAGCAGGCUGCGGGCUGCCCGUUCAGCUACUACCCGACUAGAUGCUGUCAGUCUAGCUUCCAACUCAUGGCUCGCGGCGGAGGCUCAACUCCCAGACGACGGUUCCGGAGCUUUGAGAAUGUGGCGCGUACGUCGAAUUACAGAGGAUGAGAGCUCUAUGAUGGAGGUUGAGCGUCCGCAAGCGGCAGUCUUCUACGACAGGGACUGUUACAUUGCUCUUUAUACAUAUCACGCACCUACUGGGGAACAGUCCAUACUUUAUUACUGGAUGGGUGGCUCUUCACCAAAUGAUCUGAGGAAUUUGGGCGCUAAAGAAGCCAAAGACCUCUACACAAAAUUGGGGCGUCUUCCCGUUCAGGCAUGGGUAUAUCAAGGCAAAGAACCAGCGCAUUUCCUUCAAAUAUUCAAAGGACGGAUGAUCACUUACGUCGGCAGUGCUGCCGAUUAUGAUCCGAGUGGUCGUCGAGUUAUGGCACCACCCAGGGCCCUCAUCAGGGUGUCGGGGCAGUACGCGCGCGAGGCGCGGGGUGUGGAGGUGCGGGGCACGGGGCGGGUGGACGGCCGCGGGGCCUGCUUCAUACUGCGGGAAAAUGCACGGGUUUGGGUCUGGUGCGCAGCGAGUGCGACCGGCGAUGAAAGAGAAGUCGCCAAGAAUAUGGCAGCUUCAGACCAUGUUCUCGUCAUGCAGGGGAAAGAAAAACUUGAUUUCUGGACUGCGUUAGGCGACCGUCGUCACUUACUGGUGGCAUCUCCAUUGAAGGAAGUAGAGCGACCAUUACCUCCUCGUCUUUUCUAUGUAUCUCUGGGAGUACCAGGGCAAUACACAUUCGAGGAGAUCAUCUCGUUCAACCAGUACGAGCUGGUGCCGGAGAUGGCGGGCGUGCUGGACGCACACCGAGCGGUGUUCGUGUGGCUCGGCGCGCACUGCUGCCCGCGCGCCAAGGACGACGCACGCGCGCUCGCUAACGCAUACCUCGCACAAGAUCCUGCAGCCCGUGACAUGGAGACCCCUGUACUUAUACUCAGUCAAGGCCGCGAACCACCACAUUUCACUGGCUUCUUCCCUCACUGGAAACAAUCUAUGUGGAAGGGCCACAAGACGUUUAGCGCCAUAAUCAGCGCCUUAGAAGGCAAGGCAAUUGUACAAUGUGGUAACAGUGCACUGCAAAGUGGUAACACCGCGAACCGUUUCGACCAGUACGAGAAAUACCCACUGACUGUGCUAAGAGGGCCGAAGGAACAUCUACCAACUGAUGUGGACCCAUUAGCAAAGGAGCUAUACUUGACUCACGAUGACUUUGUAUCGACAUUUAACGUGCCGUACAGCGAGUUUCGUUCUUUGCCCGCUUGGAAACAAAAGGAUCUCAAGAAAGCUGUUGGUCUCUUUUGAAAAGAAAUCGCGAAACAUAUCAAAUAAUUAGGUUAUUUCGUUAUAAAUUCCAGCUGUUAUAUGUUAUAUAAUGUUAUAAAUAAAAAAAUAAAAAUAUAAGCUGUUUGAGUAGAAAUGGAAAUAUUAAUUUAGCAUAGAAUUUAUAUAUUUGUAUAUAUCAGGUAUAGUAAAAGUAAGUACAUUAUAUAAAUAUACAAUGUUUAAU